AUGUCCUAUUUCAUGUCUCCACAGACUCAGCCAGGUCUUCCGUCUUCUGGCCAAGGUGGGGCCGCUUCUCCGGGCUCAUCUCUCGGCCUCUAUAGUCUUAUAGAGCCAUGGGUGGUGGUUUCUGGUGGACAAGGCCCACUGAGCCAGAAAGCUGAGCAGGUGACACCUGUUGCCCAGGCCUGGGGCCCGGCCCCUGGGGGCGCUGGCUGGGAGCCACCGAGGCAGGAGUACAACUGGUACUGCCACAAAUUCCCCGCCGCGAGGCAGCCGGAGAGCCUGGGCUGGGAGGAUGGCUACUCCAGAAGCAGAGCCCCUCAGCUGGGCGGCCCCAGCAGGCCUGCGCCCCUGCUGCUGUGUGGGCUGUCACCUGGGGCUCCGCCGAUGCCCGUCGAAGUAGGGGGGAAGGAGGCCAGCUCCCAGCCCGACAUCUGCAUCCUGACCUUGGCCAUGAUGAUCGCUGGCAUCCCCACUGUGCCUGUCCCGGGCCUGCGGGAGGAGGACCUGAUCCAGGCGGCUCAAGCUUUCAUGAUGGCCCAUCUGGAGCCGGAGGGGGCUGUGGAGAGGGCCCAGUGGGUGCAGGCGCAGGCCCACAAAGCCUCUGGGCCAAUGGCCUUAGCAAGAUCCCGGAGGGGCCAGCCUCCUGGCUCCUACUUGUAG